AUGGCGCUGUCGCAGAUCCUGCCGUCUCUGUUCCUGUCCGGGGCGGACGGGGCUCAGAACGCGGCGCUGGUGUCGAGGACGGGCAUCACGCUCAUCGUGAACGUGACGUUGUGUCACUCGUCGCCGCCGCCGCCCGGGGUGGAGGUGCUGCGCGUCCCCGUGUCCGACCUGCCGUCGGCGCCGCUGCACCGACACUUCGACCGCGUGGCCGAGCGUAUCCACGGCAACAGCGGCAAAACGCUGGUGCACUGCGCGGCCGGGAUGAGCCGCUCGCCGGCGCUGGUCAUGGCGUAUCUGAUGAGGUUCAGGGGCGUGUCCCUGCGACAGGCGCACGCCCUCGUCAGGGAGCGCCGCCCGCUCAUCCGCCUCAACCGCGGCUUCUGGCAGCAGCUCCUCGUCUACGAGAAAAACCUGUACGGGACCAACAGCGUCCGGCUCGCCGCCCCCCUCAGACUCCCCCCCUCCCCUCUCCUCUCUCGACGAGCGGCUCUAAGCUCCGCCCCUCUCUCGCCGCGGCUCAGGGGGGCGGAGCUUAUCUCUCACAGGAAGUGCCUGGGGCCGGUCCCGCCCACUCCACCGCCGAGACGCAGAAAGACACAGCCCCGCCCCCUGAGGACACAACCCCACCCCCUGAGGACACAGCCCCGCCCUGAGGACACAACCCCCCACCCCCUGAGGACACAGCCCCGCCCCCUGAGGACACAGCCCCGCCCCCUGAGGACACAGCCCCACCUCCUGAGGACACAGCCCCGCCCCCUGAGUUCCACGGUGACGUUGUGA